AUGGAUCAUUCACAGAGAUCGAAGACAUUUUACAUCACAACUCCCAUCUUCUAUGUCAAUGCAUCUCCUCAUAUUGGCCAUGUUUAUACUGCAGUAAUUGCUGACUGCCUGCACAGAUACAAGCUCUUACAGGGGUAUCAUUCUAGGUUUGCUACAGGUACAGAUGAACAUGGUCUCAAAAUCCAACAGGCUGCUGGCAAUGCUGGUAAAGACCCUCUGAGCUUCUGCACUGAGGUAUCGGUGAGUUUCCAAAAUGCAUUCCAAAGAUGUGGUGUAUUAUACACAGACUACAUUCGGACAACAGAGAAAAGACAUAGAUAGGCAGUUCAACACUUCUGGAUGGUGGAGUGGAUGAAGGAAAACAAUUAAUUCCGCCUAUCGGAAUUCCAUGGCAAAUUGCUUCAGUGGUUUUGAUCAAACCCAAAGGUCAUCCAGCCUGUAAAGUUUCAGCAUUUAGUUCUUCAAUGGCUUGAAGACGAUCUACCCAAUCGGCUACCCAAUCUGUCAGUGUCUCGCCAGGAAAGCCGCCUUCAGUGGGGUAUUUCAGUCCCCGGAGAUCCAGAACAAACCAUCUAUGUGUGGUUGGAUGCUCUAGUGAACUACUAAACUGUCAUUGGUCAUCCGCAGAAUUACUCCCAGUGGUGGACAGUCAUCCAUCAUCUCGUAGGUAAAGACAUUCUUUUUUUUUCUCCCCAAUUUGGAAUGCCCAGUUCCCAAUGCACUCUAAGUCUCCUCGGCAUCCACGCACAACUCACCACGCACCCCACCAAGAGCGAGAACCACACAUUAGCUACCCAGGCCCCAGGUAAAGACAUUCUUGAACUUCAUGUGAUAUACUGGCCGGCAUUUCUCUUAGCUGCAGGGUUACCCCUACCUCAGACGAUAUAUGUGCACUCACACUAGACAGCAGAAAAAUGGAAAAUGGAAAAAUGUCCAAAAAGAUCAUUAAAGUGAUAGUUCACCCAAAAAUGAAAAUUCUCUCAUCAUAUACUCAUCCUCAUGCCAUCACAGAUGUGUAUGACUUACUUUCUUCUGCAGAACAGAAACAAAGAUUUUUACAAGAAUAUCAGCUCUGUAGGUAAAUACAGUGAAAGUGAAUGGUGGCCAGAACUUAGAAGGUUCGAAAAUAAAAUAAAGGCAGAAUAAAAGUAAUCCAUAAGACUCUAGUGGUUAAAUCUGUCUUCAGAAGCAAAUUGAUUGGAAGGUGGUGAUUUUAAGCAAAAUAUAGGAAGGGG